AUGCCUCCUUACGACUCGUACACCUCAUCAGCCACAGCUCCUUGCACCUGCCCAAACCGUCAUAUGCUCCAUUGUGGCUUCCCUUGGGCCAACGAUCAACAACAGCAACUCCAACAGCUGCCCAUCCCUCCUGGCCAAUGCAACAUUGCACCCACGACCUUCAUCGCGGGCUCCAUUUGCGCUGGCCCUGUCCCAUUGCACUAUCCACUCACGCAACAGGACCUUCCUCCAGAUGACUUCUACAAGCUGGAUACACACAGCUCCGUGACUAAUCCCGCGCAGCAAAUGCCUCACAGCAUCGAUAUCCCGCCGCAUCUACCGUGCCAUUCCUCCGAAGGCGUCUCAAGGCCUGAUUCGGAAAUAAAAUCUCGAAAGCGAGGGGCCUCUGCUGGCCCUGAAGAUAACGGAGAGGAGGAGAAUAGAAAUCAGAGUGCCGGGAAGAUGGACCACAAUUUGAUUGAGAAGCGGUACCGAGCUAGCCUUAACGAUAAGAUGGCUGUCUUGAGAGAAUGCGUCCCAAGUCUGCGCAUUAUGUCCAAGUCCGCCAAGGGCGAGGAUGUAACUGAGGAGCGCAAGCAAUUGGGCAGUCUGAUCUUGCCUCACAAGUUGAGCAAGGCCACUGUUCUGAGUAAAGCAACAGAAUACAUCCAACACCUUGAGAAGCAAAACAACCGGCUGCUCGACGAGAUUAGGGCUAUGACAGCAAAAAUUGCCGCCUUGGAUUGCUUAGUUACGACUGAUGGGGUGAAUGGCGCCAUCGGCCCCCUACAGCCCCUCCCCGAAGACAUGGAAUGGGUUCACGACUCACCAGCUGUUUGCCGGUUCUCUCAAUCUAGCGACGCAGGAAAGCAAUGCUUCGCCUAUGGCCAUCAUAAAGUUCCAUAUGAUAUGACCCACGCGAGGGCGACCCAGUCGUACCUCAUACCGCAGCAGCCUAAUCCAGCUUGCAAUUCGACUCUUGUCCAGGAGCAGCAGAUGUACUAG